AUGUGCGAUCCCACGGACCAGGAGGUGCUCGACGCCGAGGACUACAUGCGCAAAAUCAUGAACCAACUUGCUAUAUUCAAGGUUCUGCACCCAGCAAAAAAGCAAGCAGGGUCCUGGCACGUAUCGCGGUCCAGAAAGAGAAGACAUCAAGCGAAGUGCGCUGUUACACGAAGUGAAACCAAGAUCGACCACGCAAACUUUUUCAAGGCCAUGAAAAUGGAAGAUAUAUUGAACAUUUCUGGGUCAAGCUACGCCUACGAGAUCUGCAUGCCAGCAGUCCAGUGUUAA